UCUUAAUGUGUCAAAAUCUGUUGAAGAAAAUUACUUUAAUCCAUCAGAGGACAAGGAGAAACACUUUCACGAUUUCACGGUCCUCGGGCGAUGUGUGAAAAUCUCAGAUUUGAUCACGGAGUGACAGAGGACAGGCAGACACGUGUGUAAACACAACUGAUGGUGGGGUGCUAAUCUGCCCCUCUAAACGCGUCCCGUUCACUCCGCUCUCUGACCACGGGAGGAGUGACGGUGCUCCCGAGCUCUCCGUGGAGCACGUUUCCAUUUUCCGAGCUGCCACUCAAACACACCGAGGCUCCGCGGAGAGGACGGGACGGGGAGGACGUUCCUGUAGCCAUUCAUCGGUCCGCCGAGGAGCCGCGCUCCGCCGCCCGGACCGCCCGCGUGCCCCCGCCUGCCUGCCAGCCAGCCGGAGCGGAGGCGCGAGACUCACACCACGAGCGUCGGUCAUUCGGCGGCGGACGUGAACGAGAAGGGGGAGGAGGAGGAGGAGGAGGGGGCCGAGCGGAGGAAAAAGAGCCCGUCUGUCAGAGUUAUUACCCGGUGUGCAUGUAAAGAAGCAGACGAGGAGUCUCUCAUUUCCAGUUCCUGACAGGACGCGUUUUCCCGCUGCCUCCCUGGCUGCUGAUUUGCAGCACUGGUCUUUAUCUGCAGCCAGAGUGGACUGCUGCGCCGCUCUGAGAAGGGCACCAUGACCCAGGAGGGGCAGGCUCUGCCCUCUCCCACCCCACCUGAGAACACGUCGGAGCCCGACACGACCGCAACCACAACCGACCCUCCUGCGGAAACGCACAGCGAGGCAGCGGAGGACAGGCCAGAGGCCGCGGAGAGAGACAGCACAGAGGAGAGGCAACAAGAAGAGGAGAGCAUAGGAAGAGAGGAGGAGGAGGCAAAAAGUGAGGGAGAGGGGAGGGCAGAGGGAAGAGAUGAGGGAGAGGAAGAGGAGUUAAAUAAGGAGGAGGAAGGUUCAGCUGAAGAAAAGCAUCAUCAGAGCAAAAGAGAAGAAGAAGAAAAAAGGGACAAUGAAGACAUGCAGCUAUCUGCAGAGAUGGAGGGAACUAAACCUCAACCGACUGAAUGGCUUGAAAACGGUACGAGCGGGAACGAUGAUGAGGACGGUGAGGAGGACGGCAGAGAAGAGAGGGAGGGACGUACCAACCUGGACACUUUCAGUUCCAACUUUGAGACGACUGUAGAGCAGGCCGACACGGAGGUGGAGGAGGAGGACGAGGAGGAGGAGGAGGAGGAAGGAGCCCAGGGAGAUGAAGAGGAAACGGAAAACCAGGACACCUUCAGCUCGGCGUUCGAGCAGAUUGUAGAGCAGGUUGAUGCGCACAACGAAGAAGAAGAAGAAGAAGAAGAGAGAGAGUCGGAGGAGGAAGAGAAGGAGAAGGAGAAAAACAAGGUGGUGGACAACAAAGAUGGCUUCAGCUCCACGUUUGAGCGCAUCGUGGAGUCCGCCCUGCUGAGGGGCGGCACGUGCUACAGCAGCCUCGACUCCCUGGACGUGCUGUCGCUCACGGACGAGACAGACAGCUGCGUCAGCUUCGAGGCGCCGCUGACCCCACUCAUCCAGCAGAGGUCCCUGCUGCAGGGGCCCGAGCCCCUUGAGCUGGAGCUGGCCACGGUUCAGGAGCAGGAAGGGGCCGAACCCGGAGCCGACGGCCUCGAUGGCGACGACACGGUCGGGCAGAGUGCGGCGCAUGCAGGCGGAGCGGGCGGCGCCACUGGGGGGAGUCCGUUAAGGACGACCAUACCAGGCAGCCGGUCGGAGUUUGUGCUGAGCCAGCCCGGACGCUGGGCUAUUCCCAAUGGAUACCACUCAGACUUCCAGGGAGCCGGGGAGCGCGCUGGAGCCAUGGUCAGCUCCGUCAGCGAUGCCAACCUGUCAGACGUGCCGCCUGACUUGGAUGAGUGCGAUCCGGGCAGUCUGGAGCGCGGCAGCACCGACACUCUGGCCAAUGGCUGCCGAGUCGACAGCGAGGCCGCCAAGAGGCUGGCCAAGCGCCUGUAUCACCUGGACGGCUUCAAGCGCUGCGACGUUGCCAGACACCUGGGCAAAAACAACGAGUUCAGUCAGCUGGUUGCUUCAGAGUACCUGAGUUACUUUGAUUUCUCCGGCCUGUCCCUCGACCGAGCCCUGAGAAACUUCUUAAAGGCCUUUCCACUGAUGGGAGAAACUCAGGAAAGAGAGCGGGUCCUCGUCCAUUUCUCCAGACGCUACUGUCACUGCAACCCACUGACGUCCACCUCUGAAGAUGGAGCCCACACAUUGACCUGUGCGCUAAUGCUACUCAACACUGAUUUACAUGGACAUAACAUUGGGAAGAAAAUGUCUUGCCAGCAGUUUAUUAGUAACCUAGAUGGCCUCAACAACGACAAUGACUUCCCUAAAGAAUUAUUAAAGGUCUUGUAUAACUCAAUCAAGAACGAAAAGCUGGAGUGGGCAAUUGAGGAGGAGGAGCUCAGGAAGAGUCUGUCAGAAUUAGUGGAGGACCAGUGUGAGGGGGGGAGCAAGCGUGUUGCCAGGGUGACGGACGGCACUAACCCCUUCAUCGCCAUUCCCGUUCAGCUGAAUGCCGUCACCUACAAACACGGGGUGCUGACGCGCAAGAGUGACGCCGACAUGGACGGCAAAAGAACUCCGAAGGGGCGGCGGGGCUGGAAAAAGUUCUACGCGGUCCUAAAGGGGAUGAUCUUAUAUCUCCAGAAGGAUGAGUACAGACCGGACAGUGACAUUUCCGAGGCGGACCUGAAGAACGCCGUGAGGAUUCAUCACGCUCUAGCCACUCGUGCCACCGACUACAGCAAGAAGCCCCACGUGCUGAAACUGAAAACUUCAGACUGGAGAGUCUUUCUGCUGCAGGCCCCGAGUGAGGAGGAGAUGAUGUCCUGGAUCUUCCGGAUAAACCUGGUGGCGGCGCUGUUCUCCGCCCCGGCUUUUCCCGCCGCAAUCGGAUCCAUGAAGAAAUUCUGCCGGCCCAUCCUGCCGUCCUCGUCCACCAGACUGAACCAGGAGGAGCAGCUGCUGAGUCACGAGAACAAGCUGAAGAAGACGAGUUUGGAGCUGGAGGAGCACAGGAAGCUGCAGCCGUCGGGCGACCCAAAGGGCCGCGACUGGGAGGAGUACCGGCUCAAAGAGCACUACCUCACGUACGAGAAAACUCGCUACGAGACGUACGUCAGCCUCCUGCAGGCCAAAAUCCGCGCCGAGACGGACGACCUGGAGAAGAUCGAGGCCAGCGUUCUCGGCGGGAUGAUGUCGGACGCUACCGUGGCGGGUCGAGAGUGCCUCCUGCGGAAGACGCGCUCCUCCCCGUCCAUCAGCUUGUCCCACUCCAGCCAGAACGGGAAGCUCCCUGGAUGCACUGUUUAGUCACAAGCCUGUCGCGUUUCGUGGCUCCUCGGAUCUUCCCCUCCCCUUCCCGCCGUCCUCCCGGCGAACCGCCCCGCUCCCUCCCAGAUGUUAUUAAACCUGAUGAAUAUCCUGACCUUGAGCAAUAGUUGAGGGAAGCUGCUGAACCCUUCGUUCUCUCAGCUCCUGUUGUCGCACAUUCGGAGCGAUCCAAACUGUGAUCUCUGCUUCGAAGCAGCACCGUCAGUAUUACUUUUUAUCAUCUCAGAGUUGGGCAGUUGUCUAGUCGAAGUGCCAUUAGCUCGGAGAAGAACUUCAAGUGGUUUGAGUAAGUCAGAAAGCAAGUCGGAACCGUCUGGUUUUUCCUUCCUGACCUUGUGCUUCGGUCCUGAAGUGAGUCGGUGGGUGUAGCGAGGCAGGCACCGUGCUGCUGUAGCAUUGGACCGUUUUCACUCAUCUGGACUCAUCCAGGCACGUGUAGCGAAUGGACCUACAGUACGAGGAGAGUGUGUAGUGUUAACUCAGAAGGAUAAAGUCCCUAAUUAUCAUAUUUAUUUAUUUAUUUGACUUUAUUUAGCCCAGAGAAGGUUUGUCGUCCUGUGUCCAGAAGUUGUUUUUUUUUGUACGUCUCUUUGCAGGGUGUAAAAUGGGUAAAACUGUUCCUAGUGAGCUGCUGGAGGUUUAGUGCCUUACUGAAGGGCACCUUGACUCAGAGAGAUCAAACGACUGCUUAAACUGCCCAAAACACUAACAUUUGUUUCAUAUUUUUCACUUUUUCAGGAAACAAAAGCGGGUUUCGAAAAGUGCUGGUCAGAUAGAAAGACCCUCCGAGCUGUUGUCUGCGUUGUCCUGUCACUGCUGCGAUUCUGUCCCAACUGAACAGAAACAAGUCGGCAACGCUCUUGAAUGUUUUAGCAUUUUGUCGCAUCACAAACGUCAGUGCGGGUCGUCUGGAUUGCCUCUGAUAAAUCACGAUGCGUUUUGUGCCUAUUUGGGAAGAGGGCGGUAAACGAUGUUCUGAAAUCUAAUAUUUCUUCUUUUUUUUUUACCUACUCGACAAUAAACUAAGCAUGAAGUAUUUUUAGCUAAAUAAAAUUUUAUUCACUUAUUUAUUUUGUAGAAACCAGAUUAUAAAUACUUCAAAUUGUUGUUGGGCAUAUUUAUUCCCUUGUUAGAAGAAAGUUACGCUUAAUAUUUUUGGACUCUACUGAGGAAAACUGGAAACAUUUCGUCCGUUCCCAGCAAUAAAAACGGGAUGUAGGUCAGUCUGCAUUUGAAAACAGUUGCUGUAUUCAGCUUAGUUUUAAUACAGCAAUUAAAAACAGUGGUGGAUUUAGAGUACGAGAGGAGACAGUCUUAGUUACCAAGACGACAGAGAGAAACCAGAAAACUUCGUGCAGCGUCUAACACUUUAGUAAGCAGAUUUUCAUUUAAAAGUGGUAGUUUUGUUGUAAUUUACCUCAAAUUGUGGUCGCACAAAAUUGAUUGACCACAUAAAACUCCAAUUAAACACGUUUAGGUUUGUUGCUGUGACGUGACAAGAUGUGGAAAAGUUCAAGAGAUGGAAACGCUUUGGCUUGGCGAUGCAACAGAAUAUGCCUGGCUGUUACAAGAGCAGGACAGGAAGGUGUGGGCGAUGCAGGUUACGUUGGCCGUGGUGUGUUAAUGUGUUCCAGUUGGGAUAUUGAAGCUAAAAGCAGCUGAAGAAUAAAAAAAUAAAAAAUACCCGGGUCUCGUCAUCGUACGACGAGCUGAUUGAGCGUAUUUGGCUUCCCACCGACACAAUCAGGCCUGGGUCUCUCCAGAGCCUCUCCGGCCUUCAUCUUUGAGACUGAACAUGUACUAUCACCCCCUUGGAUCCAUCACCUGUCACACGGGCCCGUCAUAACUUUCUCUGGCUUGUUUCCAGUAUCCAGCACCAACGGAAGCUGAUGUCUCACUUCGGGGAAACGAAAAACUGGCCGAUUUGUAGAGCAGAGCAGCGGGACUGCUCCGUUUUCGUGUUUCUAAGUCGAUAAGCCCAUCGGUAUCCGGCAACCGGUGGCCAUCAAAACACUUUUCACGUUGGUGUGAAGCGACUUCUAGGAAAAAGGGACUAGCUUAAGUUUCUCAGUAGAGACCAAGAACAGGCAAGGCAGAUCUACGGCUCGAGUGUUUUUUGUUUUUUUUCUCCCAAACCAAGAGAUAAAAAUCAACCCAAUGGACCUGAAUUUCCUGGAAGAAGACGACGGUGGUUGGAACAGGAGAUGCGCUAGUACAUCUGUUUGUGAGCACCUUAAUUGACUGAGCCUAAGCUCCCUCAAUCACACACAAACAUGUUUUUUUUUUCUCCCCCACCCAACGUAACUGUUAUGACACAACUGUAGACCAGUAACUUCAGUAUCCACUCACUUGACCCGGAUGCGGUUCACGUUGGAAACGCUGACCGUACGAUCUGGACGCCUCCGCCCCUUUGGAGGACCAGGUUUGGCUUAGUCCGGGAUCCUCGUUUGGGACUUUGGCUGGAUAACCUGGAUUCUCUUUCAGACUGAAAACAAAUAAGUCGCUGAAGAAGAGCCGUGUUUCCGAAGCAGGAACUACCCGUUUUUAAAGCCGUUUGGCUAAAAAGAGCCGCUUCGUUACAGGGAGGCUUCCCCGGCGUAGUCGCUUUGUCUGGCUGUCGUGCUAAUCUUCGAUUCCUCGUGUUCUAGGUUCUAGGGUAGGCCUGUGCUGUAAAAUAAGGUUGUGACAAAAUAAAAAGUGGAUUGUUUUUGUUUUAUUUAAAGAAGAAGAAGAAGAAAAAAAACUGAUAACUUUGGCACGUUGGUGUCAGAAUUUGACCUGUCUUUUUUUUGUUUCGUUUGUAUAUUUGAACUUUUUGACAGAAUGCGCAUACUAUGUAAAGGACAUAUUUACUGAAUAUUUAGUCUGUGCUUCAUAAAGUAAGCUUUUAUACA